UGGUGGAGAGCUUGUGUUGGACAGGCGCACUCAGUCGGUUUCGCCGACCUGAAGCUUGGCGCGUUAGGAGGGAUUUCGUGUUGCGGCGGUCCGUACGGGUUUCGGCGUCUUCUCGGCAACCAACAGGAAACGUGAAGGCGCUUUUGAGCCCGCGAACCUGCAGCGGAGGUGGAAGCAGAAAGUAUGGGUGUGUGAGAGAGACCUCUGACUCAUUUAACAGAUCACUAUAAUAUGCUCGGCACUGGGUGUGGGGAUUGGAGUGAGCCCAUCUUCCGAAGGCCCUUGCUCAAGUGUCUGGAGCUCAGAGAUGCGGCCCAGGGGAGGGAACUGUAGCUAGGUAAGGAGGCCUUGCUUGAUGUUGCUUCCAGAUCCCAUGUCAGCACCGAGUCCUCAGUUACUGGUGGCAGCUGCUCAGCAGACCCUGGGCAUGGGAAGGAGACGGCGCCCACCGCAAGCCGUUUGCCUUCACCUAGCUGGAGAGGUGUUGGCCGUAGCCCGGGGACUGAAGCCAGCUGUGCUCUAUGAUUACAAUUGUGCAGGGGCAUCAGAGCUCCAGAGCUAUCUGGAGGAACUGCAGGGCCUGGGCUUCCUGCCCCAGGGACUUCACAUCCUUGAGAUUGGAGAAAACAGCUUGAUUGUCAGUCCUGAGCACAUAUGUCAGCACUUGGAGCAGGUACUGCUUGGUACCAUAGCCUUUGUGGAUGUUUCCAGCUCCCAGCCUCACCCUUCUAUUUGCUCCCUGGACCAGCUUCAGCAUUUGAAGGCCCUAAUGGCAGAGAUCAUCACGCAUUUGCAAGGGCUGCAGAAGGACCUAUCCCUGGCAGUCUCCUGCAGCAGACUUCGUUCCUCAGACUGGAAUCUCUGUACCGUGUUUGGGAUCCUCCUGGGCUAUCCUGUUCCGUAUACCUUUCAUCUGAACCAGGGAGAUGACAACUGCUUAGCCCUGACCCCACUACGGGUGUUCACUGCCCGGAUCUCAUGGCUGCAUGGUCAUGCCCCAGUCUUGCUCUAUUCCUUUAGUGUCCCAGAAAGCUUAUUCCCAGCCCUGAGGGAGAUUCUAAAUACUUGGGAGAAAGACCUUAGAACUCGAUGUAGGACUCAGAAUGACUUUGCUGACCUGAGCGUCUCCUCUGAGGUAGUCACGCUGCCGGCGGUGGCUCUCUGACUUUAACUCUUCUCUCGUGUAGAGGGUACUCAGCUCUAGCUCAGGGAUGGCAUCUCAAGUACCAAUUCAGAGCAUCUUGAGACCACUAGGGGAAAAUGCUGGAAUCAGUUGUCCACAUCGCAGUGGACAUAUGGGAAUAUGUAUUCCCAUACCAGUGGGCGUGGGAAUAGGUGGUGGUGGCAUUGAUUGUACAUAUUUGCCAUUUCUGUACUAGGGAGUCCUCUUGACUUUGCUGAGAUAUCUGUUGAUUUUUCACUGGAUAGGAGAUAGAAGAAAAGAGAUUGUGGAAAAGGGUGGUGGAGGACGAGUAGUAUACUCUUGUGUGGCGGCUGUAAAUAUACCUGCCCUCGUGGGUAGUCCCUGCCAGAAAGUGGAGCACUAGGUAGGUUUUACUGCGUGUUUAUGUACCACCAACUGAAUUGGACUAAGGAGGUGACUAGGGUGCUCAGAUGUCUUAUGUUUGUGAUGUGACAUGUCAUUCAGGGGUAAACUAAGAGUUCUGAGGAACAGAGACUAUUAGGUGAAGUUUGUUUAUUUCACAGUAGGUUAAAAAAAAUAAUAACAAAGUCAGAAAUCUCAGGUGGAGAAACCCACACUUUAAAGUAUGUCAACCUUCUGAGUUUUUUAUUGAGUUUCUUGCUUCAGAUUUUCACCCAAGCAGCUGUCACAAGUGAUUCAGAUCAUCAGGCUGUCCUUGUUGGCCAGGAACACUGCCAGUGCUAUAGCAAUCAUUACCAUCAGCAUCGAGAGCCAUCGCCCACGUUGCCUCUGUGAGGAGGGGGUGGGGGAGAGAAAGAGGCCAUGGGUUGUUUGGAGAAGGUACAGGCAAAAAUAAUCUUCCUUCUUCCCAUCCUAGCCCAGUGGAAAACCUUGGGUCAGUAGAAGAGAACAAGCUUUUUAUAUCACUGUCUCUCUUACUUGGUCCCUUCCUUUGGGAUAAAACCACUUUACUGCUGGUCACUGGCUCCUAAGCCAGGAUUACUAGCUCAGGGAACCAUACCCAGCAUGGGUACUUAAAUACUGAUAAGAAUAAUCAAGGAUGGAAAAUAACUCAGCAAAGUUAUAUUAUUAUAUUAUUCUCUGUUCAUAUCACUUAGUACUUUUACUCUCAUCACUCUUGCCACUAGCUCAUAAUAGGCUAAAAGAGUACCACUUCAUGCUUUAGCUAAUAGUAAGUCUUUCCCUUCAGGCUCAAGAGUUUCAUAAAAAUUAGGCUUGCAUGCAUGAGCCAGUGUUUGCUGACACUGGCUAUACUGUCAGGUAUAUAAACCAAGUUGAAUGGAACAGUCUGGCCAGAUGUUGGCACAGGCUGAUAAACUCUUAUCUGCAAGAUUUGGCCAAAGGAGGAACCGUCCCACCAUCAUCCAGGGCGAUAAGGGAGGAUAGACCCUCUUACUCUGGGAGGCGGCUCAUGGCUCUGGUUCAGCUCUUCUCGACAGUGCUGCAGCUUACGCAGGCAGGAGAGAUACUCGUCACUGAGGUUGUCUAACUCCAAAUGCAGUUCUCUGCACUGGGGGGGGAGAACACCACCAACGUCAUCACCACCAGUUCCUUCUGGGAAAGAGCCCAGGUCAGGGCAAGGGCCUCAUGUGAGUUACCCCUUCAUUUGCUUGGAAUUUUUACCACCAUCCUCUCUUCCCAGCUUUUCUCAGAAUUUCAGUUUGCCUUUUGACUGUCUCACCUAGUUUCUCUGGAAUGUGUUCAUUUAAAUGAUUGAUUAUAAUGUAUGUUAUAAUAUUACAUAUUAUACAUGUCAGUGCUCUCAUGUGAUUGUGUAUGUGCAAGUGCUUUGUAAAUGGGGGCAUUUACAAAUGCUUUGUAAACUUCAAAAAAUGAAGUUCUUUAGCACAAAAGACCUGGGAGUGAUCUUAGUGUAGUGUCUUCACCAGGACCUAGUUGAGUUGCAUGUGAAUGCUUCUGGGGAUAUGUAUGUUUCCAAGUCGGUAGACGGAAAGAGUUCUGUUAUUUAAAAGACACUAUGUAUAUAUAUGUGUGUGUAUAUAUAUAUAUAUACACACACAUAUAUAUGUAUAUAAAGUUUUAAGAUAACUCUAGGACAAAGUUUGAGGGGUAAAUAUGUUUAUUAAAUGUAUUUGAGUUUAGGUUGACUUUACAAAAGGUAACUAUUUAAUAAAACCUUGAAUAGCAGUUGGUAUAAAUGAAGAAGGGAAAAGAUUGACAAAUUAUCCCAAAAGCAAAGACAUUUUAUAAAGGCAGAUGAAUACCUGCUGGCAUCCAGUCAUGAUUUAAACUUUGAAAUCUUUGCUCUCUGGCUGCCUCCCAGCAGUUUUCCCUACCACUGUGGGAUGAUCCCCUCACUAUCUUGAGGUCACCGUCUCACCUCCUUUUCCUUGGCCUGGAGCUGCAAAGUCUUCUUUUGCAGCUGGUCUCUGAAAUCCCAUUCUUUCUCCUUCCCUGUACCCUCAGGUUCCACUUCAUUAUGGGAGGGCUUUGGACUCCACAUAGGCAAAGCCUGAUCUAAAAAAGCAGCCAAAUUCUCAGUGAUGGUGAGGUCCACACCUCUGAGGGAGGGCCCUAUCCCUGAGAGAAGCCUGGAGCAAGGGGAAGGGAGGAGAGGGAACAAGGGAGGACCUGUCCCUGAUGAGACUGCAUAGAGUAGAAUUCUCUCACUUCCUCCCAUUGGGACCCUGCUCAGUCUUGACACAGAGCUGGAAUUUGAGCCCCUUGAGGGCAAGGUUGGCAUCUUUUCUUUGUAUCCCUAGUCCUGUUUAGUGGCAGAUAUUUCUAGAGAAUACUUACUAAUCCAUUUUCUUUUGUGGUAUUUCUAGUAGGUUUGCUGGAUGCUUCAAUAUAACUAACCCCUUCUCCCUUCUGGCCUCAUUUCAGACAUGAGAAUGGCUGUCCUCUCCUAGAAUUCAUCUUCCUGUGGUUAGAGAUGGCUUCUGAACCACAUGGCAGUCUUAGUCUUGGUGAAGAGAGCACUGAACUAGGAGUCAGAAAUUCUGGAUUGUUGUCCUAGCUGUGUCCUUAAUUCUUAUGACCGUAGACUUUCAUUUUCUUAUCCAUACUAUGUGGGUAUCAUAAUUUCUGCCUUAUUUUUUACAUGGUGAUUGUGAUGAGAAAAGACCACAUGGACUGCAUAAGUGAGGAACUUCCCCCCCACAACCCCACACACAUGAUGAAUUCUUCUAAGGGAGCUAAGGCAGCAGACUCUUGAGGGCUAGCAGUGAGGUGGUUGUUGCAUGCAACUUGGUGUGGACUUGGGGAAUUGGAUGUGACUUGGAAAGUCAAGUGUAAAAAUUGACAUUAAAUCCUGAGUUCAAAAUCAAUUUAUUGAAAUGUUCAACACAGACAUAUGUUUUCAGAGAGAGUAGAAAUUCUUUUCACAGUUUAUAUACUUCUCAGGAUAGGCACUAACUGGUUAAAGUGUUCUCAAAGCCAAUGAUCAGUCCUUAAAAAGCUCCCCUGGAUCCCUGACCUAACAGACUCCUAGAACUGCAUGGGACUCCAAGAGGUCAUGUAGUCCAUCCCCUGCCUCUAGACAGGCAAGGAAAGACGACUAGCUUAGAAUUUGUGGGAGUAAAUUUGCUGACCUUUCUUUGUUAAGAGUUUCUCCUGUUCUUGAAGCUGUAAGGAUUGAUUCUGGAGCAGACCUGUGGGAAAACACAAGGAACUUGUCUGUCCUAGCGUAUCUACUGCAAACUGUGUCUUUUCAGAACUUUGCUUCAAACCUUAAUUAUUCAAGAUGUUCCUGUCUUGUUAUUGGUUGAAUUGUGUCCUUCCCCCGCAAACUCAUAGGACGUCCUAACCCCUGGUACCUCAGAAUGUGACCUUAUUUGGAGAUAGGUUCUUUACAGAGGUAAUCAAGUAUUUUGGGACAUUGGAGUGGGCCCUAAUCUCAUAUGACUGGUGUCCUUAUAAGGAGAAAUUUCAACACAGAACUAGUUAGAAGACAUCUGAAGAAACAUAGGGAGAAGAAGGCCAUCUACAAGCCAAGGGAAGUGGCCUGGAACACAUCCUUUCCUCAAAACCCUCAGAAGAAAUCAGCCCUGCCGACACCUUGAUCUUGGACUUGUAGCCUCCAGAACAAAAUAAAUUUCUGUUUUUUAAGUCA